AUGGACGAAUCGAAUCCCCGUAAGCGGCCUCGGCCUGUCGUGUCUUGUCUGCGCUGUCGCGACAAAAAGUUGAAGUGCGACCGCACCUCGCCAUGCGAGAACUGUGUCAAAGCACAGAUAGCGGACAGCUGCACAUAUCAGCGCGGGCUCAAUGCGCCGUCAAAGGAGUCUCCACCUGUAUCAAUAGCUACUACCAAUGCCGUUGAGGACCUCCAGUCAAGGCUAGCAAAGGUUGAAGAGUUGUUGGGCAUUCGAACCAGCAAGUCCCACAGUCCAGCGGAAGAUGCGAAGCCGCACGUGAUUGGGUCGGUGGUGGUGAAAGGGAACAGAAGUAUCUUCCACGGGCAAAAUGACCGAACUACGCUACUAAACCAGUUCUUGGAGGUCAAAGAAUUCAUCAAUGAAAUGUCCAAAGACAAGCAAGUCCAGGCUUCAGCGAAACAGAUCAAGUUCUUGCAGAACAAGACAAGGAGCAAAAUAGGCUCACCAGACAGUGCCGUGGGUUCAGACUUCUCCAUGGCACUUCUCAAGCUACGCGAAUACCUUCCCUCAAAACCAUACUGUGACCGACUUGUGGCCAUAUACUGCCAGCAUUUCGAGCGUACAUUCAGGGUGUUGCACAUUCCAACGUUCAUGCGCCGUUACAAUCAGAUUUGGACCAACGACCAUGCCGACAUCUGUACUUCCUCCAGUAUCAUACCUGAACUCACCGCCGUCAUGACGAUGGCCUAUCAUAUGGACGAUACACAGCAGCUCGGCGAUCGAAACCAUAGGACGUAUCUGAAAGGAACCGCCAUAGAUUUGAUUCAGGUUUGGCUUGACGAGCUUGGUAGGAAACAACGUACGGAGCUCUCUACUUUACAGGUAGAUGUCUUACUUGUUCUCUCCAGAAGUCUCCGAGGUAUUCAGCCUGAAAAACUAUGGAGUGUCACUGGUGCUUUGGUACGCUCCGCUAUGGUCAUGGGUCUCAAUGUCGAUCCUGCAAUUGUCUCCGGCAUAACCCCGUACAUGGCAGAGAUGCGUCGGAGACUUUGGGCCACUAUUCUUGAGGUGGACCUACAAGCGUCUAUGUUCUGUGGCAUGCCGCUCGUCGUUCCGGAGCUCAACUCGGGCUCUGUGGUACCGUCCAACAUCAAUGAUGCGGAAUUCGACGAAUUUUCAGCAGUUCUGCCUACAUCGUAUCCAAUGCAUACCUAUACGGAUAAUCUCUAUCAGGUCGUUCUUGCCUCUUCGUUACCGCAGCGCAUAAGAGCUUUGUCAAUCAUUCAGUAUUCUACCCUCGACAUCCAGGAAGGGAUUCGGCUCGGAAGGAAAGCCGAAGAAUGCUUAUCGCAGAAGCCGCAAACGUUGAAUCUACACAACAAUGAUGGAUCUCCUAUCGACGGUGGCUCGUUGUUACAUCGUGUGCUGCUGGAUCUCUACAUGCGGCGACCUGUGCUUCGUCUAUACAAGGCUUUGCUUCUUGGACAUGAGACGCAGAACGCUCCGAGCAGAUCACUGCUUGCUGAGCUUGAGAAGCAUUGCCUCGAAUCCUCUCAAGUUAUCCUCUCAUACCAAGACCUCUACACCAUCCCUGCCCUUGCAACGGUAACGACCAGCCCGUGGGCUCAUCAGAACUUUUUCAACAAUGCCUGUAAAAUGGAUGUGCUAUGGGCGGCGCUCACCCUGUGUCAAGAGAUCAAGCAGUGCUUUGAGCUGGACAGCCCAAAGGCAGGCUAUGACAGACUGGCACUUGUCCAGUCAGUGGAGACCACAAUCAGUUACUUGAUCAAUCGCAUAGGGCAGAAGGGUAGUGAUCUCAAGGAUAUCGUUUUCCUCGCCCUUGUGCUACAAUCCGUUCAAAUCUCUGACUCGGUUCCGGGGAGAUCACAGUCCCUACAGCAGACCGCCAGGAAUACUCUAGCGGCAUGUCGAGAGAAGUUGUUACAGCCUCUCGUUGUGAACGAGCCGCCACAACCCACAGCACAAUCUACCAAGCGCCCGAGCAUGGAUGCAACACAGACAUUGAUCUCAAUGCCAAACACAGUCACACCGCCAGUAUCCAAACCUAGAUCGCCUCCGAUCUCCUUGACCGACUCGGCCUUUCCAUUAAAUCUGCCGGCGGGCACAGAGCAGUAUUUCGGUGAUUUGUCUGACCUGACUGUGGAGUACAAUACGUUCCAGGCGGGCAUGUUCGACCCCAACGACCCUCUGAAUUUUGGCAUUGCACAGAACUGGAAUUGGGAACACAUGUGGCAAUGA